AUGAUUAUAGAAAUUAUAGAUAAAGAUACAAAUUCUGUUAUUGCAACUCAUAAAGAUACCAACUUUGCUAAUAGUAAGAAUAAUGAUAUUAGCAUUGAAGAGAAUAAUAGCAUUGCUAUUAAAGAGAAUAAUAGUAUUAUUAUUGAUGAGGAUAAUAGCUUUGCUUUUAAUAGUAAAAAUAUAAAUUUUACUUUUGAUAAUAGUAAGAAUAUAAGCUUUAUUACUAAUAAUAAUAAAAAUAUAAGUAUUAAUAAUGAUAGUAUAAAUCCUACUGCUGACUUAAAUAAUAGUUGUACUUCUGUUGAUUAUACUAGAAAUGUUUCAAAAAGAGCUAGACAAUACAUAUCUAUUAUAUGA